AAACACAAAGAGUGACUCUCAUCAUCAUAAAUCAUAAUAAUCAUCUCGAACUCAAUCAAAAACCCUAACUCGCUCGCUCGAUCGCCGCCAUGGAUUCCGAGUCAACUCAGCAGGUGCAGCAAUCGCAAGUGGCGGCUAUCUUGGGAGCAGAUCCAUCACCAUUCGAGACGCUGAUCUCGCACCUGAUGUCAUCGUCGAACGAGCAACGAUCCCACGCGGAAGCACUCUUCAAUCUCUGCAAACAGAGGGAUCCAGAUAGGUUAUCGCUGAAGCUAGCACAGAUGCUGAACUCGUGCCCGCACCAGGAGGCACGUGCCAUGGCCGCAAUCCUCCUCCGCAAGCAGUUAACCCGCGAUGACUCUUACCUAUGGCCACGACUCUCACCUCAAACCCAAUCUUCACUCAAAUCCCUUCUCCUUUCCUCAAUCCAAACCGAACAGACCAAAUCCAUAUCCAAAAAACUCUGUGACACAAUCUCCGAACUCGCCUCCGGUAUCCUCCCCGAUAACGACUGGCCUGAAUUGCUUCCUUUCAUGUUCCGCUGCGUUUCUUCUGAUUCCUCAAAGCUUCAGGAGUCGGCGUUUCUUAUUUUUGCUCAAUUGUCACAGUGCAUAGGUGAUUCCCUCACUCCUCACAUCAAGCACCUCCACGAUAUCUUCUUGCAGUGCCUCACCUCUGCAACGGUCAAUCCCGACGUUCGCAUCGCCGCCCUCAAUGCUGUUAUAAAUUUCAUCCAGUGCCUAUCUGGCUCCGCCGAGCGCGACCGGUUUCAGGACUUGUUGCCUGCCAUGAUUCGCACCUUGACGGAGGCGCUGAAUAGUGGCCAGGAGGCCACCGCGCAGGAGGCUCUCGAGUUGCUGAUCGAGCUCGCAGGGACGGAGCCUAGGUUUUUGAGGAGGCAGCUUGUGGACGUGGUUGCGGCUAUGCUGCAGAUUGCUGAGGCGGAGUCAUUGGAGGAAGGGACUCGCCAUUUGGCAAUCGAGUUCGUGAUUACUCUCGCUGAGGCGAGAGAGCGCGCUCCGGGGAUGAUGAGGAAGCUGCCGCAGUUUAUUAGCAGGCUUUUUGCCAUACUCAUGAAGAUGCUAUUGGAUGUUGAGGACGAUCCUGCUUGGCACAGCGCUGAGACGGAAGAUGAGGAUGCUGGUGAAACCAGCAAUUACAGCGUCGGACAAGAGUGCUUGGAUAGGCUCUCUAUAUCUUUGGGUGGAAAUACCAUUGUUCCUGUUGCGUCUGAACAGUUGCCCGCUUAUUUCGCUGCUCCCGAGUGGCAAAAACGUCAUGCUGCAUUGAUUGCACUUGCCCAAAUUGCUGAGGGUUGCUCAAAGGUCAUGAUUAAAACCUUGGAGCAAGUGGUGGCUAUGGUAUUGAACUCCUUUCCCGAUCAACAUCCCCGUGUAAGGUGGGCAGCAAUUAAUGCAAUCGGGCAACUGUCUACUGAUUUGGGUCCAGAUUUGCAAAAUCAAUAUCAUCAGGGGGUAUUGCCAGCACUAGCUGCUGCCAUGGACGAUUUUCAGAACCCUCGCGUACAGGCACAUGCUGCUUCAGCAGUGCUCAACUUCAGUGAGAACUGCACACCAGACAUUUUAACGCCAUACUUGGAUGGAAUAGUUAGCAAACUGCUUGUACUUCUUCAGAAUGGUAAGCAAAUGGUGCAAGAGGGUGCCUUAACUGCUUUGGCAUCAGUUGCUGAUUCAUCUCAGGAACACUUCCAGAAAUACUAUGAUGCUGUCAUGCCAUACCUGAAGGCUAUAUUGUUUAAUGCAACUGACAAGUCUAACCGUAUGCUUCGUGCUAAGUCUAUGGAGUGCAUAAGUUUGGUUGGAAUGGCUGUUGGAAAGGAGAAGUUUAGGGCUGAUGCUAAGCAGGUCAUGGGAGUUCUUAUGUCCCUACAAGUAUCUCAAAUGGAGACAGAUGAUCCAACAACGAGUUACAUGCUGCAGGCAUGGGCUAGACUCUGCAAGUGUCUGGGACAGGAUUUUCUUCCUUACAUGGAGUUUGUCAUGCCACCAUUGCUUCAGUCUGCUUCACUUAAGCCUGAUGUAACAAUUACAUCAGCAGAUUCGGACAAUGAUAUUGAGGAUUCUGAUGAUGAAAGUAUGGAGACUAUCACUCUCGGGGACAAAAGAAUUGGAAUCAAGACUAGUGUUCUAGAAGAAAAAGCUACAGCAUGUAACAUGCUUUGUUGCUAUGCUGAUGAGUUGAAGGAAGGGUUUUUUCCAUGGAUUGAUCAGGUUGCAGCUAUUUUAGUUCCACUCCUUAAAUUUUACUUCCAUGAGGAGGUCAGAAAAGCAGCUGUUUCAGCAAUGCCGGAGCUAUUGCGAUCUGCAAAAUUAGCUAUAGAGAAAGGGCAAUCUCAAGGUCGGGAUGUAACCUAUUUGAAAUUUUUGUCUGACAGUAUUAUCCCAGCUCUGGUGGAAGCAUUGCAUAAGGAACCUGACACAGAGAUUUGUGCAAGUAUGUUGGAUUCAUUAAAUGAAUGCUUACAGAUCUCUGGGAUGCUUUUGGAUGAAAGCCAGGUCAGAGCCAUUGUUGAUGAGAUAAAACAAGUGAUCACAGCUAGUUCAAGUAGAAAAGGAGAGAGAGCAGACAGGGCCAAAGCUGAAGAUUUUGAUGCUGAAGAGGGGGAGCUGAUUAAAGAGGAAAAUGAACAAGAGGAAGAAGUUUUUGACCAAGUGGGUGAGAUAUUGGGAACUUUAAUAAAGACCUUUAAAGCCUCCUUCUUGCCAUUCUUCGAAGAGCUGUCAACAUAUUUGACUCCUAUGUGGGGAAGCGACAAAACCCCUGAAGAGAGAAGGAUUGCAAUUUGCAUUUUUGAUGAUGUUGUGGAACAGUGUCGUGAAGCUGCUAUAAAGUAUUAUAAUACAUAUCUCCCAUUCUUGUUGGAGGCUUGUAAUGACGAGACUCCUGAUGUCAGACAGGCGGCUGUGUAUGGCCUCGGUGUUUGUGCAGAAUUUGGUGGAUCUGUGUUCAAACCUCUGGUUGGAGAGGCGCUUUCGAGGUUAAAUGCUGUGAUCCAGCAUCCUAAUGCUCUUCAACCGGAUAAUGUAAUGGCAUAUGACAAUGCUGUGUCUGCUCUAGGGAAAAUUUGCGAAUUUCAUCGUGACAGUAUUGAUUCUGCCCAGGUGGUUCCUGCAUGGUUGAACUGUUUGCCAAUAAAAGGUGAUUUGAUUGAGGCCAAAGUUGUUCAUGAUCAACUUUGUUCAAUGGCUGAGAGGUCUGACAGGGAGCUUUUGGGACCAAACAAUCAAUACCUUCCUAAAAUAGUUGCAGUGUUUGCUGAGGUUUUAUGUGCUGGUAAAGAACUUGCAACUGAACAAACAGCUGGCCGAAUGAUUAUUUUACUCAGACAGCUCCAGAAAACUUUACCACCCUCUACUCUUGCUUCUGCUUGGUCAUCUUUGCAGCCGCAGCAACAGCUUGCAUUGCAAUCCAUCCUCUCUUCAUAGUUUACAUACGUAGCUUUGCUGCAUUGCAAUCCAUCAUUUCUUCAUAGCAUCUGGGUUGGCAGUUGGUGUCUCGCUCUUUUUGGGAACAAGCUUCUUCCAGUUUGGUGGUGGUCUAUAUAUUUGUUACCCAUUCUUUUAGCCAUAAGAUGGUUUCCAUCAUUCAUUCUUGCAUGGUGUUUUAUAGCAACAUGGCUUCAGUUUUGAGAAUGCAGUCAACUGUGAUUGGAAAGGGGACUUUCUGUAGAAUGUGUAUAGUAUUGAGUGUUCAUAGUGCGAUUGAGUCCGUAAGAAGAGGUUAGGCAAUUGUGGUGUGGGGGCUUCUUGUUCAAUUCCUCUUUUUGUUCUUACCAUAUUGCGUGAGAAUAUAGGGUUGUCUGUGUGGGGCAAUUCUUGCAGUUUUGGCCUAUUUUAUUGGAUUUUUUUCAUAUUCGCUGGUAUGAAAUGUAUCAUAUGAAAUACUAAUGUUAGUUUUUUUGGUAUCCAAAUACUAAUGUUAUUUAUU